UGUGAAAUAUUUGCUCUGAGCAAAGAUUCGUAGCAACAUUUCUCCAUCUCCUUACCUGUUGCUUUUGCAUUCUGAUUAAAGUUGAAUCUAUUUGCAAAGGAGUUUGCAGAAUUUUAGUCCAUAGCAGUAGAAAUAUUUCUAAGCACAAGAAGAAGGAAAUUACAUUCUGUGGUGAGAGAAGAAAGAUAAGGGGAAAAUUUAAUACUGUGAGAAACUUUAACGGUUGGGUCUAUUUUGUCUCUUGGAGAAAUGUCAAAAGAAUUAGGGAAAUCAGAACAUUAUUGUGAAAUCUGUGGUAAAUCAUAUUCUAGAAGUAGUGAGUUGAUUAAGCACGUUCGUAUCCAUACAGGUGAGAAGCCAUUUCACUGUGAUACCUGUGGUAAAUCAUUCUCUCAGAACAGUAGCUUAAGUCGGCACAAACGUAUUCAUACAGGUGAGAGACCAUAUACCUGUGAUAUCUGUGGAAAGGCAUUCACUGAGAAUAGUCACUUAAGCAGACACAAACGUUUUCAUACAGGGGAAAAGCCAUUUCACUGUAUUACCUGUGCUAAAUCAUUCUCUGUAGGUAGUCAAUUAACAACACACAAACGUAUUCAUACAGGAGAAAAACCAUAUCACUGUGAUAUCUGUGGUAAAUCAUUCUCUCAGAGAAGUAACUUAAAUACACAUGCAUCUAUCCAUGCGAAAGUGUGAUUGUAUCAUUGUCAAAAUUCAUUAGAACACACAGCAACAUUCAAUAUCUUGGAACCUUUCUCCCUGGAAAAUCAUGGCUUAACCUUUGUGCCCUUAAAAGUAAUCAUUGACCCCUGAAAGUAACCAUACACUUCGUGGUCACCCUUUUCAGAUACUUUUUUACAGCCAGAUACUCUUCCUUAUAUCAACCACUUCAGCCACUUUAGUAAAUUCUUACCUGAGUGUGUUAACGAGCUGUUAUCACAAUAUAUUUUAUAGCCACUCUUAUAAUCUACAUUGGCAAGAUAACAUUGAUUUGUGUAGCAUAACAGGUAAGAUAUACACACCUAUCUAUCGAUCGAUCGUACGUGCCGGAUCUCCUAUCCGGCUUCCAGAAAUCCGGGAAUACUUAUAUCGUGUAUCGAGUAUUCGGUUCCGCCCUCCCUUUUUCCGAAGAUGACCAGGUUUUCAUCUUUACACUUUGUGGGUCCUGAGGGACUGUGGCCUUCCUUGCUGCCGCCCCCGUCUCUUUAGCUUCUCUG